AUGCUGGAAGCCAACAAGAGCUUAGUGAGACCAGAACAUUUCAUCCUAGUUGGGAUUCCAGGACUAGAAGAUGUGCAGUUCUGGUUCUCCAUUCCUCUGUGCUCCAUGUUUCUUCUCACCAUAUUUGGUAAUACAGUCAUGCUUUAUGUUAUUUUAUUGGAAGAAAACCUGAACAAGCCAAUGUAUUUCUUUAUUUCUAUGUUGUCAAUCCUUGACCUUGUUUUAUGUUUCAACACUACACCCAACAUUAUUUUGAUCUUUUGGUUCAAUGCCAAGGGGAUAACAUUUGAUGGAUGCCUUACCCAGAUGUUCUUCAUUCAUGCUGUCACUGCUAUGGAGACUACAAUAUUGGUGGCCAUGGCGUUUGACCGCUAUGUUGCCAUUUGCCACCCACUCAGAUACAAUACAAUCCUCACUAACAACAGGAUAGCUGUUAUUGGUGUUUCAGCCAUCAUUAGAGGAACUUUUUUCACUAUACCAUUUAUACCACUUGUCAACAGGUUGUCCUUCUGCAAGACCAUGGUCAUUUCUCAUACUUACUGUGAGCAUAUGGCCUUGGCGAAGAUAGCUUGUUCUGAUAUAACUAUUAACAAGGUGUAUGGUCUGACUGCUGCCCUCCUGGUUGUCACCGUUGAUAUUGUGUGUAUAACUUUAUCGUACUCUGCCAUAAUUAGAGCUGUUAUGAGACUUUCCUCUAAUAAGGCAAAACGCAAGUUGUUUAAUACUUGUGGCUCUCAUAUUUGUGUCAUUAUUAUAUUUUACACCCCAGCACUAUUUUCCUUCUUCACACACAGAUUUGGGCAUAAUAUCUCCCCAAAAAUUCACAUUACCAUAGCAAAUCUUUAUAUUCUUAUUCCGCCCAUGUGCAAUCCAAUCAUUUAUGGGGUGAAAACAAAGGAAAUCCGUGAAAGGAUAAUCACAAGUUUUUUUGGUAAACAAAUUAAAUCUCUAUGA